CUCCACACCCGGAAGUGUUAUGCCGGAGAUUUCUUUCGGGAUUUGUUUUGACAAUGAUGGAGGAAGAAGAAUUUGAAUUUGCUGAGGAUUUGGAGGCUAUUUUGCAUCUAACCCCAGAGGUGCAACUAGCCAUUGAACAGGUUUUCCCCAGCCAGGACCCUCUGGACAGAGCAGACUUCAAUGCUGUGGAAUACAUUAACACACUGUUCCCCACUGAGCAGUCUUUGGCUAAUAUUGAUGAUGUGGUAAACAAGAUUCGUCUGAAGAUCCGGCGUCUGGAUGACAACAUCAGGACAGUGGUGAGAGGCCAGACCAACGUGGGUCAGGAUGGCAGACAGGCUUUGGAAGAGGCCCAGAUUGCCAUUCAGCAGCUCUUUGGCAAAAUCAAAGACAUUAAGGACAAGGCAGAGAAGUCUGAACAAAUGGUCAAGGAGAUUACGAGGGAUAUAAAGCAGCUGGAUCAUGCCAAGCGCCACCUAACCACAUCCAUCACCACCCUCAACCACCUGCAUAUGUUGGCAGGGGGCGUCGACUCUUUAGAAGCCAUGACCAGAAAGAGGCAGUAUGGUGAGGUGGCCAACCUGCUACAGGGAGUGGUCAAUGUGUUGGAACAUUUCCACAAGUACAUGGGCAUACCCCAGAUCAGACAGCUUUCUGAGAGAGUAAAAGCAGCGCAGAGUGAGUUGGGGACUCAGAUCCUGGCAGAUUUUGAAGAAUCCUUCCCCGCUCAAGGCUCCAAGAGACCAGGUGGUCCCAGUAACGUGUUGAGAGAUGCCUGUCUGGUGGCCAAUGUGCUGGAUCCACGCAUCAAACAAGAGAUCAUCAAAAAGUUCAUCAGGCAGCACCUCUCAGAGUAUCUGGUAUUAUUCCAGGAAAACCAAGAUGUUGCAUGGCUAGACAAGAUCGAUCGACGCUAUGCCUGGAUCAAACGGCAGCUGGUGGACUACGAGGAGAAGUAUGGACGCAUGUUUCCUGAGGAGUGGUGCAUGACGGAGCGCAUUGCUGUGGAGUUCUGCCACAUCACCAGGGUGGAGCUUGCCAAGGUGAUGCGAACACGGGCUAAGGAGAUUGAGGUGAAGCUGCUUCUGUUUGCUAUUCAGAGGACCACAAACUUCGAGGGACUGCUGGCCAAACGCUUCACAGGAUGCACCUUGACUGACACACCCGGACUAAAGAGGCCAGAGAGUCCUCUCGACUCCACUAACCCCUUCCUGGACGAUGAGGCAGGGGAGGAUGUGGGUGCAGAUAAGGACGAGGAUCUGGCUAAGCCCAGGAAACCAAAAGCUCCGGACAACCCUUUCCACGGCAUUGUCUCCAAGUGCUUUGAGCCUCAUCUAUACGUCUACAUAGAGUCCCAAGACAAGAACCUGGGAGAACUGAUUGACCGGUUUGUGGCUGACUUCCGAGCACAAGGCCCACCCAAGGCGGGCACGGAGGAGGGCGGAGCAGUGCUGCCCAGCUGUGCAGACCUCUUUGUCUAUUACAAGAAGUGCAUGGUGCAGUGCUCCCAACUGAGCACCGGAGAACCAAUGAUCGCCCUCACAACCAUCUUCCAGAAAUUCCUGAGAGAGUACGCUUGGAAGAUCCUCUCCGGCAACCUGCCUAAGUCCAGCAGUAACAGCGGGGGUCUUACCAUCAGCAGUCUGCUGAAGGAGAAGGAAGGCUCAGAAGCUGCAAAGUUCACCAUGGACGAGCUCUGCCUGAUCUGUAGCAUCCUUAGCACUGCAGAGUACUGCCUGGCUACCACACAACAGUUGGAAGAGAAGCUAAAGGAAAAAGUGGAUAAACUCCUAGUGGAGAGAAUUAAUUUGACCGGGGAGAUGGACACGUUCAGCACUGUCAUCUCAAACAGUAUCCAGCUAAUCGUUCAAGAUCUCGAUUCUGCCUGUGACCCUGCUCUCACUGCCAUGAGCAAGAUGCCGUGGCAGAGUGUGGAGCAUGUGGGUGACCAGAGUCCUUAUGUGACCUCAAUUAUCAUGCAUAUUAAGCAAAAUGUGCCGAUCAUAAGAGACAACCUGGCCUCCACGCGCAAAUACUUCACACAAUUCUGCAUCAAGUUCACAAAUUCUUUCAUUCCCAAAUUUAUCAACCACCUGUUCAGAUGUAAGCCUAUCAGCAUGGUGGGAGCCGAACAACUCCUCCUUGACACACACUCCUUGAAGACAGUCUUGCUGGAUCUGCCCUCCAUAGGAUCUCAGGUGCUCCGCAAGGCACCUGCCAGCUACACCAAGAUAGUAGUGAAAGGCAUGACCCGUGCAGAGAUGAUCCUUAAGGUGGUGAUGGCCCCACAUGAACCAUCAGUGGUGUUUGUCGAUAACUACAUCAAGCUCCUGGCUGACGGAAAUCCUGAGACCUUCCAGAAGAUCCUGGACAUGAAGGGUCUGAAGCGCAGUGAACAGAGCAGCAUGCUGGAGCUCUUCAGGCAGAGGCUUCCCACCCCGCCCUCCGGGGCCGACGGCGGCCCCUCUCUCUUCAGUGCCCCCACCCCUGAGCAGGAGUCCUCCCGCAUCCGCAGACUAGAGAAACUCAUCAAGAAGAGACUGUGAAAAGACACACACACACUGAAAUGGCAUCUUCCUGAAAAUGAAAAGGGCUGAAGGCCGGGAUGGUUGUCACGUCUCUUGCAGUAAUUCAUCUCAAAGACUUCAUUAUGCUCCUCAGUGAUCAGUGGAGAAAGAGCAAAAAAGUUGACUGAAUUAUCUGACUGACAGUAAUAUGAACCCCCACCUGACGCUGGAUUAUGAAGAAACGUCCUCAAAUGCUACUUGCUGUUGUUACAAAUGUCAUUCACUUCUUUAAUUUCCCGCCUUUCUUUUCAUGACACCAAGGUCUGAGCUUUGUAACAUACGUACAUUAUUGCACAGUGUAUGUGCACUCAAUAAAAAGGUUGUAGCGCUGUUAACUACACUCACUUGGAAAGCGUCUGGCUGCCUCUCUGGGACAUGUCUAAUCUGCAAUGAUUACAGGCAGCAUGAAAGUGAAGUUGAUGAUUACUGAACGUAACAUAUUUCAUCGAUAGCUAUUCCUCAGCUCUUUUAAUUUCUGUCGUCCAUUAAAAUGGACAUGGGUCAUAUAUGUCGGGAUUGUUUGUGUGACACUGAACGGUGGCCUAAAAUGAAUCACUGACUCUGGGUUUAGAGUCCCCAAGUCCGGAACAAAGAGAAUCUUUGGAUUUCUAUCGUCAGUGAGGCGGCUUUGUCUUGGCAUCUAAAGUCUCUCAAGGUUGACUUGGGAAUUAGAACCAGCUAGCUGAAGUCUUUAAACUUAGGCUGUUGCCUUGUGUGUGUGUGUGUGUGUGUGUGUAUACUAUACUGUAGUGUACAUGCGUACAUUUAGACACAUGUGUGCGGUCACUCUUGAUUGUUUUAACAGUCCAAAAAUAUUCUUUGAUAAUUGAAUUCUACGCAACGUGAGUUUGUUUCAAUACUUUGCUAAGUGAUCGCUGGGUCUCUAAAGCUACUCUCUCAUGUGUCCCCGGCAAUGUCAAAUACAGAACAUCACAGUCUCUGGAAGAAGGGGAAAAAAAUCAGCUAUUUAUGUGAAGUCAAUGGAACUGCAUUAAUGUACUCAUUCCUGCCUUCAGGUACAAAAUGUUGCUUGUUUGUUUUUGUCUGAAUUGUAUACUACACAAGCAAUUGUUGAACACUAUUAAAAACAUUGCCACCAUU